AUGAAUUUAAUCGCUAGUGUACAAGAUAAACUCAAGUAAUAAGUGCCAACAGAUAAAUAACUUUAAAUGAGUCAUUUUGCAAGAUUGGUUGAGAUGUUGAAUGAGAUUGCAAAAAAUUAAUAAAAUUAAGAAUUAAUCUAAUUAGUCUAGCUACUCAUUUAAUUUUAGUUUCCUCAACAUACACAAUAGAUGAUUUGCAAUUCCUUCUCUCUAUUAAUUGCUAAAACAGGAAAUGAAUAAAUCAAAUAAGUUGUGGAGAAUAUAUUGCAAUACAUCAACAAAAAGGGAUCAUUAAAAAGUAUUGCUUUGACUUUGCUUGUUACAUUAAUUCAACUAACCAAACACGAAAUCCAAUCAUUUUCAUAUACUCUAACAUAAGAUAUUACCACCACAUUGAUGAAGUUGUUAAAGAGCUCUGAUUAUCGAUUGUAACUAUGCAAUGUGUUAAAUUUCUUGAUUGAAUCAUAAAAAAUUGAAAUUCUUAAAAUAGCCUUGAAAUUUGCGUAAAAUGAAAAACUCGAGGUUCUCUAAUAAGCAGGAAUGUAAACACUAAUACACUUAAUGUAAGAGGAAGUGAUAUCAGAACAAAUGUAUAUAAUAGCCUAUAAAUCAGAUGACUCCCCCUUAUUUUAUAAAUAUUUUUCUAGAUACCUCUUCUAAUAAUAAAAUAUCGUGGCUCUAACAAAAAAAGAUAAAUUGAAAUCUUAGGUGUAACUUUAACCAAGAGAAUAGGCCCAAAAAAUAUUUCAGCUUUUUGAUGAAAAUUUAUCUAAAUUCCCUUCAAAUAUUGUUGGAAGCAUAUUCAUAGCAUAUAAAAAAUAUUUGACUCAUGAAUUUAAAAAAUUAGGACUUUCUAUAGUGAGAGGAUCAUUUGAGAUCUCUUGUUCAUAUUUAGGAAGUAUGCCAUUAGAAGAUCCUCAUCUCCACACAGUUUAUCAAAAAGCAGUCAAUCUAUGCCUCUUCAUGGUUUAACAGGUUCAGUUGAAUGAAAGAAAGGAUUUGUUAGAAUAUUUUUUUGAUAAGAUUACUAAAGCAAAAACUUAGAAAUGGAAUGUGUAUAUCUAUAAAUUACUCUUAAAAGGAAUAAAUUUCUUAUUUGAUACAUUAGGUUCAAAUGUUUUUGAUGAUAAAAGAUCGAAACCCUCAGAAUUUAUAGAUAUCCUAACUCCUAUUUUCAAAAUCAGUGAUAUUCUAUAGCAUCCAAUGAGCAUUGAUAAACCAAUCUGUAUUAGUGUGAGUAGAAAUUUGUUUCAACACUUUUGA